AUGGAAACAGAUUGUAAGAGAAAGAGAAACGAUUUAGAAGAUGAUGAUAACAAAAUUUCUGAUACUCCGAUGGCCGUGGAUCGAAUCUCUCAACUUCCUGAUCAUCUGAUUUGUGAUAUUCUAUCUUUUCUUCAAACAAAGUAUGUUGUACGGACCUCGGUAUUGUCCAAGGCAUGGAACCACAUGUGGCUUUCAGUCCCAAUACUCGACUUCAAUUUCUGCUACAACCGUUACUGUAACGGUAACAUGAAACAAAAUCAGUCAGAGGAAGAGUUUCUGAGUCUAGUAGAUGAGUCCUUACAACGAUACUUCCAACAAAAUCUCAAACUGUCCGUAUUCAGCUUGUUGAUCGCCGCCCCAAUCUCGAAAUUGUUGGUCCCUCACAUGAACCCUUGGCUAGGCGCUGCACUCGAAAGGAAUGUCGAAAAGAUAUUCUUGAAAGUCCCUUUCUCUUCUCCUACUUGGGAUCGUGUUCUUGUGUCUAAGCCAGUGUUGUCUUCAACAUCGCUUAAAGUUCUGAAGUUGUACAAUUGUACGAUUGACAGAAAUUGUUACAUAAAACUUCCUCACCUUCGUUCGAUGAAUCUAGCUUAUGUCCACUUUUUGGACAAAAAUAUGUUUUCAGAUCUUGGCUUCAUCGUCCCUCUGAUUGAAGAUUUGGUGAUCAGAAAUUGCAAAGGACUAAACAAAAAUCUUCGGUUUGUUCCUGGUUUAAUGCAGCUGAAGCAUGUUGCACUGUACCAUAACUAUGAAGUCAAGGCUGUCGAAAUUACAGCGCCACAUCUCCAUUCUUUUCGGUACAAGGAGGGAUUGAAACCACGCGAUAUCCGAAUUCCGGCUUUUAUAGAUCUCAAAGUAUUAAGACUAGAAAACACUAGGAUCACUGCUGAGAAAUUUCAUAAUCUUCUGUCCAAACUCCCUGGACUUGAGGANUGUGCUAUAGAUCAUUCUAUGUUUUUUUUUGGUUGA